AUGGCGUCAGAAACCCAAGAUACGCCUGCUAUCGCCGCCGCUACCCCGGCGAAGCCUGUCGAUGCACCCCGACGAUGCUUCAUCUGUCUCACAGAUGAAGACCCCUCAGAUCCCCCAGGAUCAUGGGUCGACCCGUGCGGCUGCACGCUCGAAGCUCAUCAGGACUGCAUGCUUUCAUGGGUGACGGACUGCGAACGCUCCAACAAACCCCUCCAAUGCCCAGUAUGCAAGGACCGCAUUCAGCUUGAAGGGCUAUGGGAUCCUCUUGUCGCCAUCACAGAAUCUGUCGCAAACAAGUUCACACGCGCGAGCCCCUUCAUGCUAUUUUCUUCUGUGACGCUGGGCGCACAGUUCAGUCUACAGAUGUAUGGAGCAUUUGCGAUGUGGGCUUUCUCCGGUCGUGAGGCUUUAGUAGACUAUGUCCUUGGUCAUGAGGUCUGGACUCACGGAGAGGCAUCAAGGAUCUUGAUGUCGGGAGGCGAGAGGUUAACCAACGCACUGGUUCUCACAAACGUAGGACCAGCUCUGCUGGUCGGGCAGUUGAUGCCAUGGUUUGGUAACAAGAUCUUCCUGUCCACGGCCUCAGUGUACGGCGUCUAUCAUGUCAUGCACGACGACAACUUCCUGGCCUGGCCUCCUUCGCCCCAGCUCGCCAUGGCCGCAUUCCCUUAUAUCCGAGCAGCCUACUUCAACUUCUGGCGCGAGUUCGUCUUUCCUUUUGAGGUAAAUCUAAAUCGACAGAUCAUGGGCCUCCCCCCGAUUGAGCCUCGACGAGAUCAGCCUCCCGCCAACGAGCGACAACCAGAGCAGCGAAAUGGAGAGGGCGGCGUUGUUGGCUUUCUUAACGGGCUUAUUGAGGCUCUUGAAGGUGAUGAGGCCGACGAUGAGGGCCACGAUGGGGCUGUUGGGAUACAGGCCGAGGGUGAGGAAGGUGCAGGAGUUGUCAUCGAGCUAGUCAUUGAAGAGGUUGACAGAGACGGCCAAGAUGACUGGGAUGAACGACCAGCCGGGCAAGAUGACGGAGUUCCUCAAGACCGCGCGAACCCCGAAGAACCGGCGCAGGGUCUAGACAAUGAAGCCCAAGGUGAUAUACCUCUCGACCCGGAACUGGCUCCACAAGAUCCGGCUGCAGAUGUAGUCGUUGCUCCCGCACCUGCUGGUGUACCCGCAGCUGGAAACGACAAUGAAGCUGUUCAGCAGAACCAACACGAGGCUCCUCAGGCGCCACCCGCCCGUCGCCCCGGAUUAGGAACGAUUCUAUCGGGAGUAUCCAACGCCAUUGUGAGCGCACUUAUCCUCCCUGGCGUUUCGUUCGCAAUGGGCGAGCUCCUACGUCUCACCCUCCCCAAGCAAUGGACUGCCGGAUCUCCGCUCUCACGAGGAAGCACGAUGCGACCGGGGCUGCUCCAGCAACAAUGGGGACGAAGUCUUGUAGGGGGAUGUCUUUAUGUGGUGAUUAAGGACGUUCUAAGACUUUACACCAAGUACCGCAAAGUAGCUGCUAUGAGCAACCGAAGGGUGAAGAACGUAGACAGGGCAAGGCGAAGAAUCGGAAAGUAA